AUGGUUGCAGAGACAAAGCUGUACGAUGCCUUGGGCAUUCAGCCUUCCGCCUCACAAGAGGAUAUCAAAAAGGCAUACAGGAAAGCUGCACUGAAAUGGCACCCAGACAAGAACAAAGACAACCCUAAUGCAGGUGAGAAGUUCAAGGAAGUGUCUCAGGCCUAUGAGGUACUGUCCGAUCCCGAGAAACGUAAGGUGUAUGAUCAGUACGGUCUCGAGUUCCUCCUCCGUGGAGGAGCCCCGCCGCCAGAAGGUGCGGAAGGAGGUAUGCCUGGCGGAGGAUUCGGCGGCAUGCCCGGUGGCUUCCAGGGCUUCAGCAGCGGUGGUAUGCCCGGCGGUGCACGAGGCUUUCACUUCAGCUCUGAUGGUGGGUCAGGCGGCUUCAGCUUCUCCGAUGCCAAUGACAUAUUCGGCAACUUCGCUCGGAGUCAAGGUGGCGGCGCUGGUGCUGGAGGCAUGGACCAAGAUGACAUAUUCAAUCUGUUAGGAAGCAUGGGAGGUGGCUUUGGUGGAGAAACGACCAUCAUUGAGAAGGAUCUACCCGUCAGCCUGGAGGACCUCUACAGGGGAUGCCGGAAGAAGAUGAAGAUCAGACGGAAGGUCUUUGAUCAGUCCACCGGCCAACGAACCCAGGAAGACAAGAUUCUUGAGAUGGACAUCAAGCCAGGUCUGAAAGCCGGAUCCAAGAUCAAGUUCUCCGGAGUUGGCGAUCAAACAGAAGAGGGUGGCACCCAAGACAUCCACUUCAUCAUCAAGGAAAAGCCCACGCCUGGUCUACGGCGAGAGGGCGACGACAUCGUCAUGAGCCUCGACCUCGACCUAAAAGAAGCACUCACAGGCUGGCAGAAGACCGUGACUACCAUUGACGGAAAACAGCUGCCCGUGCGAGGCGCAGGCCCAACACAGCCUGGCUACCAGGAGCGCUUUCCUGGUCUCGGCAUGCCCAUAAGCAAGAAGCCGGGCGAGAGGGGCGACUUCUUAGUGGAAGUCAAGGUCAACUUCCCCAAGUCGCUGACAGCGGAUCAGAAGCAGAAGAUCAAAGCUGCUCUGCCUUGA